AUAGUUUCACUGACCGAAGAACAUACGGCCUCCCUUUCUUCCUCGCCGAACUUCGGCCACCCACAGCCUCCCUUUCCCUCUUCAGAGAAAGGCACCGUUCACCGGAGCACCUCACCGUCUUUCCUAGAAGCAGAUUCGUGACUGCUAGCAGCCAUGCCGAAACAUUACAGGCCUCCAGGGAAGAAGAAGGAAGGGAACGCCGCCAGAUACAUCACCAGGUCUCAGGCCGUUAAGUACCUGCAAGUCAGUCUUUCCGUGUUCAGGAGAUUAUGUAUCUUCAAAGGUGUGUUUCCUCGGGACCCGAAGAAGAAGGUGAAGGGAAACCACCAUACCUAUUAUCACAUGAAAGAUAUUUUGUUUCUUAAACAUGAGCCACUUCUUGACAAGUUUCGUGAGAUGAGAGCAUAUGAGAAAAAGGUAAAGAAAGCAAUGUCUAAGAAGAACAAAGAUCUUGCUGAACGCCUCUUGACACGCAAACCUUCUUACACACUUGAUAUGCUUAUCAGAGAGAGGUAUCCAAAGUUCAUUGAUGCAUUAAGAGAUUUAGAUGAUGGCCUCACCAUGGUGCAUCUUUUUGCUGCAUUACCUGCUAUAGAAAGGGAAAAUAUCCAAGCAGAAAGAAUCCAUAACUGUAGAGGGUUGAGUCUUGAAUGGCAAGCAUAUGUCUCUCGCACACAUAAAUUGCGAAAGGCUUUCAUAUCUGUGAAAGGCAUAUAUUACCAGGCUGAGGUUGAAGGGCAGAAAAUCACAUGGUUGACUCCUCAUGCACUACAACAAGUAAUGCCUCAAGAUGUUGAUUACAAGAUCAUGCUUACAUUCUUGGAAUUCUAUGAGACUCUUCUUGGAUUUGUUAAUCUCAGACUUUACAAUUCGAUUAAUUUGAAAUAUCCACCUAUUCUUGAUCCCCGAUUGAAAGCUUUAGCUGCAGAUUUAUAUGCUUUGACAAGGUAUGUUGAUGCUAAAGACAAAAAAGAUGGAGGAAAUCAUGAAGAAUCUGAACUUAGAUUAGCUCAACUUCAAGACCAACUUCCUGCUAAUGAACCUGGUGCAUUAAUGCAUCUUGUUGAAAACACUGCUGAUGAAAAUGAAGAUGAUGAAGAAACAACUGCAUGUAAAACCCUUUUCAAAGACAUAACAUUCUUCUUGAGUCGUGAGGUUCCAAGAGAAUCAUUGCUUUUUGUGAUUACUGCAUUUGGUGGGGUGGUGUCAUGGGAGGGAGAUGGAGCUCCAUUUGAGGAAUCUAACCAGAGCAUUAAUUAUCAGAUUGUUGAUAGGCCAACUCAGAGUCACAGGUUUAUUUCAAGAGAUUAUAUCCAGCCACAAUGGGUCUUUGAUUGCAUAAAUGCACGUGUUAUACUACCAACUGAAGAGUAUAUGGUUGGGAAGGUUCUUCCACCACAUUUGUCUCCAUUUGUGGACAAUGAAGCAGAAGGGUAUGUACCUGAGUAUGCAGAGACCAUUAAAAGGCUUCAAGCUGCUGCUAGAAAAGAGAUCCUCCCAAUGCCAGGUGGCGAACAAGAUGAUUUUGAUAAUGCCCAAAAUCUCCUUGCUGAAGGCAUCAUUGAUCGCGCUAAAGCCAAAGAAGCUGCUGAAAGAAAACGAAAGAUGGAGGUUUUUCAAGCGCAGUAUCAUGAGGAGCUAAAAGCAGAACUGGAAGGGAAGACAGACACAAACACACCCACUACACCUAAAGAGAGCAAGAAGAAGAAGAAGAAGGAGAAGAAUGUUGAUGAUGAAGAAGAAGAAGAAAUAGAAGACGAUGGAAAUCUGAAACAGUUUGCUGAUGAUAAUGACAACAUGUCAAAGGUUGCCAUGUCACGUAAAAAGAGGAGACUUUAUGAAGCCAUGAAGAUUUCGCAAGAAAGGAAAAAGGCAAGUGUGGACACUCUCAAGACAAGGAAGAAAAAUAUUCAAAAAUCCAAGAAAACAACAUCUGACUGAUUCAAGUUCCAUUUAGAGAUUCGAGGUCUGUGCUUUUUUAAAAGCAGGGAAUUAAAUUUUGUAGGUAUUUAUUUAUGUUUGAGUUUUAUAACUGUGGAUUUUUCUCAAAAUUUGGUUUUGGUUUGUUUCAGUAUCUGAUGAUAUUCUUACUAAAUCACAUAUGGCAAGACUUUGAAUU